GUACCCUCAUCAUGGCCUCUACAUAUCGCUCAGCUGGUUUCGACUUCUCUAACCAAGUCCGCAAUUCCUUCUUGCAAGGGAAAGGCGUCGGCGUGCCUAAGGCCACCAGCACCGGUACUACAAUCGUCGGCUGCCUGUUCAGGGAUGGAAUCGUGCUCGGUGCGGAUACUCGUGCUACAGAGGGAGAAAUUGUAGCCGACAAGAACUGUGAAAAGAUCCACUACAUAACAGAUAGCAUUAGAUGCUGUGGCGCCGGCACCGCUGCAGACACCGAGUUCACAACUGCCCUUAUCUCAUCCAAUAUGGAGCUUCACACCCUCUCAACCGGCAGGAAGCCAAGGGUAGUCACUGCCAUGACCAUGCUUAAACAGAUGCUUUAUCAAUACCAGGGCCAGAUUGGUGCAGCACUUGUCCUUGGAGGCGUGGACGCCACCGGGCCUCAUCUCUUCACGAUCCACCCACAUGGCUCAACAGACAAGCUGCCAUACGUGACUAUGGGAUCCGGCUCGCUCGCUGCCAUGGCCGUCUUCGAGUCUGGUUGGAAACCAGACAUGUCGCGCGAGGACGCUCUUGCAAUUGUCACUGCUGCUAUCUCUGCUGGUAUCUUCAACGACCUUGGCUCAGGAUCCAACGUCGACGCCUGCGUCAUCACAGCGAACUCUACCGAGAUGCUCCGGAACUUCGUCAAGCCCAACGAAAGGGCCCAGAAAGAAAGAAGAUACAAGUUCAGGGAGGGAACGACUGCUUGGACUGCGGAGAAAAUCAGGAGUCUAGUGGUCGAGGAGAAGACGAUUGGGUUGGGAGGAGGCGUUGGGCAGACCGAGAUGAGGGGGACCGGGGAGGAGAUGGACACAAGCUGAACGGUGACACUGUAAUUGUACCUGGGAACAUGGCAUCCACAAACGCAAUGGUUGUACGAUUUUGUUCUUGUGCCUUUGUGUCUGGACCAUCACUAGACAAUAUGUACAGCUGAGUACGCAUCUCGCGAAUUGGCAUCG